UGUCGCGGAAUGUACCGAGAGCCAACAUCACAAAAAGACUGCAUCGGAUCGGACAAGCUGGAGUAAUCGGAGCUAGAAGUAUAUAUCAAGACAUAGUUGUCCAUAGUUUCACAGUCGUAGCAACACCCAAGCUAGAUUUGAAAUCUGUCCCCAGACGGCGUUAAACGGGCAGGGGAACCUACUGGUCUGGAGACUAUAGACGAUGUCUAGCCUCACCCCCAUUUCCCCCUGAAGCUGUGAGGAGAGUUAGGGCAAGGUUGAGCUGUUGACAUAUCGCACAGGGACUUUUGUUCAGUGAUGGCGUGUUAAUGUAACCGCAUUGGUUUGCUGCCGACCAGUAAGAAUGCCGGAUUACGUGGAGUUUGAUGACCCCUACGACACGGAUGGCCUGUACGAAGUGGAGGAGCUGCGCGUGAGGCUGGGGAAUCUGCUGCUGAUGACAGCCGUCAUUAUCACAGGACUCUUUAUGCUUUUCAUCUUGUGGAAGCUUUGUUUCGCUGACGAGGGAGAGACCCCGGGCAAACAGCCCCGCGGAACCCCUCAGGCCGUCUACGCACACGAGAUUGAACCGGGCUUUGUCGUUCUCCAAUCCCAGGACGGACAAUUCUUCCGGAUUUUACAGGAGUACAGCGAGGCCAAAUGGAAUAGGCCAUCCGGAAGACAUGGACCCGUUACUGGAAGCGAGAACAACGCGCCACUCACGAGAACUGACAGCAGCUCCACCUGGCGGGGAGUUUCUGAAGCAGAGGCCACGGUGUACGCGCCACACUACACCAGCGCUCAUUACCAAACACAACCCUCAGCGCCUCUCCCGCCACCGUCCCCGCCGCACUUGGGCGCGCCUUUGACACCUCUGCCUCAGCUGUCCACAAUGUCCGACAACGAAGUGAUAUACUUUGAUCGCAGAGAUUUAUCUCCACUUCCGCCGCCUUACCACGCCAGGGAUUAGAAACCGUGUGCAUCAAGAACUAACACUGUGAUGAAAAAAAAAAAUAAGAGUGCACAAAAGAUGUAUGCAGAAGAAUCCUGAAAAUGUAAUGCAAUCGUGGGGUAAAUUUUAGAAACUUCUGUCGAAAAUAUUCGUAAGAAGCGAUCAAAAGAACAUCCAUCCAUACCUUCAAUUGAUGUUUAAAUAAGAAAUAACAUCAUAAAGUUUCUUGAAAAUAGGUCUUGUCGCUUGAAUAGUUAAAGGCCAAUCGAUUAGGUUACUUGUUCAUUUAAGUAAAUACAAGUAUUAGUAACAAGCCGUUAACGGUGUCAAGCUUACGUUUCAGGCGUCUGGUUUUUAAUCCAGCAUUAACUGUCUACUCUUUCACAUGGCUAAAGCAAAAUGCCUGAACUCACUUCAGCCUGAUGACCACCCUCAGGUUCUUAGGGUGGGUUUAAAAUAAUCGAAGUGUGUAUUUAAAACAUGUUGUUACUGUUACAUAGUAGGGUGCAUUCAUUCUUGGUGUAGGCCUACUUAAAAUAAAGUGGAACAGAUGGA